AGGGGCUUGGCCGCCAUGAGCCACGUGCCCCCAGCUUGGCCAGCUCCUCCCCACCCUCCCUGGCCCGGCAUAAAAGCGCUGCCCUCCGUGAGCUCUGGCAUCCACCGCUCCUGCCUCGCUCUGCUCAGGAAAAGGGCUCAGCUCUCUCACACAAAGAUGUCUUGCUACGACCUGUGCCCACCGAAAACCGGCGUCGCCGUCCCCCAGCCCAUCGCCGAGAGCUGCAACGAGCUGUGCGCCCGGCAGUGCCCCGACUCGUCGGCCUUCAUCCAGCCGCCCCCCGUCGUGGUCACCUUCCCCGGCCCCAUCCUCAGCUCCUUCCCCCAGCAAGCCGUGGUGGGCUCCUCCGGAGCACCCGCCUUUGGGGGCUCCCUGGGGCUGAGGGGCCUCUACGGCGCCGGGGCCACGCUGGGCUCGGGGGGCCUCUGCACCUUUGGCAGAGCCUACGCUUCUCCCGCCUGCAGCCCUUGCGCGCUGCCCCGCUACAGCAAGAAGCUCUGGGACACCUGUGGGCCCUGCUAGACCCAGACCCACAGACCCCACAGCCCCUGGGACCCCUCAGCCUCACGCCUCCUCUCCUAUCUACGUUCCUUCUCCUCGCUCCCUUUUCCGUAUCUCCUCCUUGCUCCUGCCCAUGCCCAGAUGCACGACUCCACCAUCAUUCCACCGGGCACUUGCUGGGAUCUCCAACAGCCACCGCCUGCAAGAAGCCUGAAGGAACAGCUCUCUUGAAGCCCGCAGGGACAACCUGCCUGCCUCUGCCUUAGGUGUCUUGCUCCACUGGGAGUUUUUCUGCUCCUUCAAUAAAACCAUCCUGCAUCCCA